GGGAGUGCCUGGGUGUGCCUUUACCUCGCUGGAGAAGAUCUGAACACCACAUUCAAACUGUUCAUCUUGUUACGGGUGCUUUUUCAUGAAUCCUGACCAUCAUAGAAAACAUAUACACCCUGUAUAGACAAAUAACCUCAGAAUUAUUGAUGAUAUUCAGUGGGAUUGGUGUAGACUUGUGAAGCACUGACAGAACACACAGGUCUAUUCAAUACUAUGGCACCUUUCUAUGAAUUAUGUACCUUAAUGCUCCUGGGGAUUGCUCUUGGAAGCAAAGCUUUCAGUCAAAGAGCUGGCUUGACUUUGGAGUGUCUCGGGAAUGUUAUGAAGCUUUCCUUGGAUAGGUCUCUGUCUUUAGGUCGUCAACUGGAAGUGGAAGCCAUCAAUGGUUCACAGGCCGUGAAGUUAACGGAGACCCUGGCGAUUCAGUGUGGCUACAGUAUUGAGUCCGAUCCCUGGGGAAAUUCGAGACUCUACAUGUCACUGCUAAGCUGCUUUGUUCAUAAUCAUGCUGAUGCUGUGUUUGAUAUCGGACUGCGCCUGCAGCUGUACGGUAACCAGAUGUCUGAUGUACUUGAGGUGGAAAAGACGUGCGAAUAUGACCGAUGGGUUUCACGUGAGAUUUUCUGCGAACGAAACUUCAUGGAGGUCUCUGUUCACAGAGUACACCAUGAUAUCAAUAUGCAUAAGCAGCUUGGAGGAGCAGUCUCAGGAAUCAACAGAUUGUCUGCUGAUCAACAGGCCUCUAACACUCUGAGCAAUAUUUGGAGGAUGGUCUUUUACACGCCCAAAGAAAAGGCGAUGAUUUUGGAGGAUGUUCAGAAAGCAGGUUAUGGCGUAUUGAUGACCCCCACACGACUGGUUCUGAGAAGCCCCUAUAACACACCUGAAACUUAUGUUGAGGAUGUGAAUGGUGUGCAAAUGGAGUUCUUACAAGUGAGCACCUACUUAAAGAGGGCGUGGUCUGUAACGAUUAUUGACAGCACCGCCGUCUGUCCAACUGGUGGACUCCAUUUUACUAGCGAACUCAUCACAUGGUAUAUGCCCCAUUACAUUAUGGCUCUGAAGACUGGUCCAGAGCAUCAAAUUCUCGAAAUGUUCAUGGGAAUUAAUGGAAAGAGGCUUAAUCAAACAGAAAUGGAAGCUAAGGGGUAUACCAUGAAGACAACAGAGCUCCAGAUUAUAAUUUCCUUACCUAUCGGUGGACCAGAUGGAUAUUAUAAGAGUAUUGCAGUGGAUUAUGAGUAUCACAUCACUUACAGUAUUGAACCCAUGCUUGAAAUGCUUUGGCAAGAUGGACUUAAGCCUGAACUCACCAGAUACAAAGUCCAUUAUCCUAUUAUUACACCACCAGAGCCUCGGCCGCUCUUAGUUUUAGACAGUAAAUACCCUGCAGACUCUGAAGUGUUCAGUAUAAUGCUGGGUUCCUUUCUUCCCGAUGUGGAGCUGCUAAACAUAACUUUGUCAACUGGAGUGAUUAGUGUAGAAGAGGCCAAUAGAAAAGGGUUUAAUCUACAGGAACACUUGUUUCCUGAUGGCUCCAAGGCUUUCAGCAUUCAUGUGCCUUUCUCUGAUCCUGCUGUCCUAAGAACCAACAUCAACCCAAUGAACAUCGUCUACAGUUUCUCCAUUACCUUCGGUUUAUUAGUCCUUCCUGACUACACUCCCUUUUCUCACUCUGCUGUGGUGGAAGCUACUCGCAAAGACAUCUCAACUCUUACCAUGAAUGGAAUCUGUGAUGAUAAGAACUUCUACAUCACAAUCGGACAGUGGAAACAGGAUGUGCAGUACCGUGUAAGAGUUGGCAUGCGUGACCUCACAGCUGACCUGUAUAAGGAGUACGGUGUUCAGGAAAACGGGACUCACGUGUAUAUGGCCGUGCCUUUCCUGGCACAAGACGUGCUUUUUGAGAAGGCCGAUCUGUCGUCACUGAGGGCUCGGAUUGAUGUAGUGAUAUCGUACAACAGCUGGCAAUUUAAGAACUUCUCCAUGGCUUGCACUUUUCCCUUGAUCAUGACUGAAUGUUUACCCAACGGAUCCAUAACCGCGCUCAUCGUGAAGGUGGAAUCCGCAACCCAGAUGGUCCCGAGCCAGUUAACACUGAGGGAUCCAUCGUGUAAACCUGCCUUCAGCAACAGCCGCUUUGCUUACUUCUCCUUCAACACCAACAGCUGCCAAACCACCAGAACGUUCCACGAAGGCAUCAUGACGUAUCGGAACAGAAUCGCCAUGAGCGAUGGGACAGCUGUCGCCCAGAUGUUGCAGAAUGCUACGAUAAACGGGCCUGAAUAUCGAGUUGGGGUGGUCUGUAACUACAAGCUAACCAAGACCCUGGCUGUGGCCUUCUCCACUGGGCCACAAGCAACUGAACUCCGUGCAGAUCCUGGAUUUGGAGAACUGAAUGUCAGGAUGAGGCUUGCUCAAGAUGCCUCUUAUGGUUCCUUCUACAUAGACGAGGACUAUCCAGUGAUGCAGUAUCUACAGCAUCCUCUGUACUUCGAGGUCGAACUGAUGCAGUCCAUUGACCCACAGAUACACCUGGUCCUGGAGAACUGCUGGGCUUCGGCUAAUCACGGAGGCUCCACGCUGAGCUGGGAUCUCGUCGUGAACGGCUGUGCAAAUCCGGGGGAUCGUUACCGGAUAGUGUUCUACCCAUUCACGGCAGACGCCCGGGUCCCGUUCCCGAGCCACGUGAGACGCUUCCGAAUCGAUAUGUUUACGUUUGUCAAAGACGACAUGCCUCUUCGUGAUCAGAUGCUCAUUAGAUGUGAAACAGUGCUGUGUGACGUUCACCAGACAGACGGCGUCUGUAACAGACGGUGUCCGUCGUCUACGUCUGAAGAUGUCAAACGAGGACGCAGAACCAUGGGACGUGAGCAGCACAGGAUGUGGGUCUCGUCUGGAAAGAUUUUCCUCACCAGCUCGCAGUUGCAGUAAAGUGAAUAAAGUGCUGAGUUUGUGCC